AUGCUCCUUAAGUUAGGAUGGGGAUUUGAACCAGAGAUUUCAGAAUCGCCUUUAACGCUAUCCAUCGGUCGAAAGCACAAGCCCUUAGAGGAACUGUUCUUUUCCGAGCUGAGGGCCCUAGGAGAUGUGAGCGGCAAUACCCCUGACUCAAUCAAAGAGAGCGAGCUCCUCGAAAUACUCGCCGAGUGGGAAAAGCCGGGGCGCGAGUCUCUGCUGAAGCAUUUGCUCCAGCACUGGCUACCUGCCCCGUCAAAUACAGAUGUCAGGUACUGGUCGGCUCUUUACUGGGCCGUUCACGGAUCCGCGGCCGUGGUAGUCUGGUGGCUUCUGUCAAAGGGGGGAUACAGAUCGGGCGAUGCGAUCAGAGACUGCCAAAAGGAUCCUCUGGCGAAAGCAGACGCAAUCGGGCAGAUCAUUCAAAAUCUCCUGCGGAAUCCACCGCCGCAGAUGUACGAGAUUGCGAAUCCGGUUGAUAACGAGCGGCCCUUCCCGCCAAGGCCGACGGACUGGGAGAAUCAGCGACCUGAUCUCCAUGGGUUCAUCAUGAAUGUUUACUCUCAGAAUGGAAAAACCGUCGUGCCAUAUACGAGAGAUAGUCUCCACGGCAUCAUUUACAGCCAAGGGCCGACUGCUCUUUCAAGGCACGUGGAAAUGCUCGAACAGAGAGACUUGAAUAUCUUGAAGAAGAAGCUGGGAAAUGUUUUGAGCGAAGACCAAAACCUUCCUAAUAUCUGGAAUCGAUCUCGAACUCCGUCUGGCGGAGUCAGAAGCACUAUCACCCCUCGCCGGCUGCGGCAUGACUAUAGCGACUCCUCGGAGAACCUGAAACUUCGUUGGAUUCAUCUGCCUGUGAAUGAAUUGCAGUUAACCAAGGUUCGCCAGCCAGCAUCGCCCGUGAGUUGA